AUGGCAUUCAAGGCACCGUUGAGCACCCUUUCGAGGGCGACUCGGCUCCUCAAUACUCAAAGGCCAUGGAAAUGCUCAAUGUGCCGGCACGCGCUUUCUGUUCCUGCGCGGCGCGCAUUCGUAGCGACCCCGGGGAAGUUCAAGAAGCCGUACUAUGUGACGACUCCGAUCUUCUACGUCAAUGCUGCUCCUCACGUCGGUCAUCUGUACACGAUGGUCAUCGCCGAUAUCUUGAAGCGAUGGCAGGUCUUACUCGGAAACACGGACGCCCAGCUGUUGACCGGAACCGACGAGCACGGAAUGAAGAUUCAACAAGCUGCCCUCGCGGCUGGAAUGGAUACUCAAGCUUUUUGCGACAUGAACUGCCGGACCUUUGAGGCUCUGGCAAAAGCUGCGAACCUCUCCAACGAUCACUUUAUCCGUACGACAGAUGCGGCGCAUCGAGAGGCCGUCCAGUAUUUCUGGGAAAUGCUGCAACACCGAGGCUACAUUUAUACGUCCAAGCACGAGGGUUGGUAUUGUGUUAGUGACGAGACAUUUUACCCGGAAACCCAGGUGCAAAAUUCCCUUGAUCCAUCGACCGGCAGGAAGCGGAUGGUUUCGGUUGAAACAGGUAAAGAGGUUGAGUGGUCCUCAGAAAUCAAUUACCACUUCCGCCUGUCCGCAUUUAGGGAACGUCUUCUGGAACUGUACAGUCGUCCCGAUUCCUUUAUCACGCCUUCCAAGUAUGCGACGAACGUCAUCAAGUCGGUUGAGUCCGGCUUGCAAGAUCUAUCCAUUUCCAGACCCGCCGAACGACUGACAUGGGGCAUCCCGGUCCCCGGCGACGACACACAGACGAUCUAUGUUUGGCUGGAUGCGCUUGUGAACUAUUUGACCCGAGCGGGGUAUCCGUUCCCUCCGGGGCAAGAGAACUCAUCGAUGUGGCCUGCCGAUGUACAUGUAGUCGGAAAGGAUAUCGUACGAUUCCACUGUGUCUACUGGCCAGCCUUCCUGAUGGCUCUAGAUCUUCCUGUUCCUCGGAAUGUGCUAGUACACGGUCACUGGACUAUGAACCGCGAGAAGAUGUCCAAGUCCACUGGAAACGUGGUGAAUCCGUUCUUCGCCAUUGAUCGAUUCGGUGUUGAUGGUAUGCGCUUCUUCCUGGCUUACCAGGGUGGUCUCGCCGACGAUGCGGACUACGACAAUUCUUUCAUCACUCGCGAUUACAAGAAAUGGCUUCUUGGAGGUAUCGGAAACCUUGCCUCCCGCACAAUUGGAUGUGCAAAGGGCAAGUUGCAUUCCUACAUCCUGGAUGCCACUUCUGGUAGGCUUGGGGCCACAACGGCUGCCGAUAGGGAGCAUCAGGCGAUGCUAGUGCUCGCCCCAACCAAGGUUGCCGAGCAUAUGACCGGGCUCAAUCCGCGAGCCGCCCUGCAGGAAAUUAUGAGCAUAAUCGAGAAAACCAACAAGUACCUCCAUGCGGCGGAGCCGUGGAAAACCCCCCAACCCGGAAUGGGUCGUCCGUUUAUGCCCGAUAAGUCACAGGAGCUGCUGGAACUUCUUCGCGUAGAUACAUCCAACCCGAGCAAGCGGACCUUCUCGGCCGCGGUGUAUGGCGCCGACAUGGACUACGGUGAGGGCGUUAGGAAAGGUAUCCUUUUCCCUCCUCUACUCACUGAGGAAUAA